AUGUCGUGGAAAGCAAUCGCAAAAGCAGCUCAGGCUGAAGUUCUGGACUCAAUUCCGGCCAAAUGGAAGUUGGAUACUGCCAAGUACCGGACUUUGACCGAUGUAACUAGCGUUCCUCGAGAUUGCGGCAUCUUAUCCGAUGCGCAGCUUAGCAUCACUGAUCUCACGGCCUUGGAGGUUGUGAAGCGCAUCGAGUCUCGUGAACUUACGGCAGUCCAGGCGCUGGAAGCAUUCGGUGCGCGAACUGCCAUUGCCCAUCAGCUUGUCAAUUGCUUGAUGGACUGGUUCUAUGAAGAUGGUCUGCGACAAGCUGAGGAACUCGACAAGAGUUUCAAAGACACUGGAAAAUUAAAGGGACCAUUGCAUGGAGUCCCUGUUGCUCUAAAGGACUUCCACUUUGUCGCUGGUCGGCCUACGACUACUGGUUAUGUUUCAAGAAAGGACUUCCGCCCUGAGCAUGACUCAGCACUCAUCAAAACUCUUCGUGAUGCUGGUGCUGUAUUCUACUGCAAGACCACAAUGCCCCAGUCAGGAAUGGCCAUAGAGACCGUGAGUAAUCUUUGCGGACGAACUCUCAAUCCGUACAACACUAGCAUGUCAGCUGGUGGCAGUUCCGGUGGCGAUGCUGUUCUAGUGGCUCUCAAAGGCACUCCCAUCACUCCAUCCACUGACCUGGGGGGUUCAAUCCGUGUCCCAGCGGCCUUCAACGGGUUAUAUGCCAUCCGUCCUACCUCUGACCGCAUUCCCAAGGGUGGUAUGGAUAACAUCAAUGGUGGUCAAAUUUCCAUCAAGCUAUCCUGUGGACCAAUUUGUCAUUCGAUGGAGGAUCUUGAGGCCUUUACGAAGCUUAUCAAUGCUCAUCCUGCUAAUCAGCACGAUCCUACUUCUGUGCCUGUCCCAUGGAAGACAGUCAAGCCGAUUGAGGGUAAACUCACGAUUGGAUUGAUGAAGUGGGACAAGGUCGUGAUGCCUCAUCCGCCUGUCCUUCGCGCACUGGAUCAUACGAAGCAGGCGCUAGAGAAGGCUGGGCAUGAAGUUGUUGAAUUUGAUGUACCUUUUGACUGCUGGGAUGCCAUCCAGACAACGUUCGACACCUACUACCAGUCUGGACACAGCGGGACACUAUCUACGCUCGAGGCAACAGGCGAGCCUCUCAUCCCUGCUUUCGAAGACUUGAUCAAGGUCUUUGGUAGUAAAGAGAUAAGCGCUGCAGAAUCACAACAGUUGAAUGUCAAAGCUAGAGUCUUUAAAGAGCGGUUUCGCGACGCAUGGGAUGACACAGUUAAACUUACCAGCACUGGCCGUCCUAUCGAUGCACUAAUCUGCCCAACUGCUCCCGCCGUGGGAUAUCCCCAUGACUUCAAUGUCUACUGGGGUUACACGUCACUAUUCAAUCUUUUGGAUUAUCCAUCUGUUAUUUUGCCGGUAGCCAACUUCAAGGUUAACCCUCAGGACGACCCGGUUAACUCUAACUACAAACCGUUGGAGACAAACCCCUAUGACAAACCCAACCAUGAACUCUACAAUCCAGAGUUGUUCUCGUCUCAACCUUCAACCAUUCAAGUCGUUGGUCGCCCUUUCCAGGAUGAAGAACUUAUCAAAGUGUCUUCAGUUAUGGAUGACUUACUUCGUGCUAUGUAG